AUAUAGAACUCUCAAAGCCGCCAUAAGGUCAUGUUUAUAAUUGAUCAAGUCUUGUUGUAUUCAUCCCUUGAUUGUUCGCAAGAUGCCAUUUUUUGUUUGAAACGUUCUUGGUUUUCACUUUUUUUUAUUAUUGUUUUUAAAAUUCACUCUUCCAAAAUUCAUUUAAAACCAAUCUUAUACAGAAAAUCUAAAAAAUAAAAUGAAACAAGUAAGAUAUCAUAAUAUUAAGAAAAACAAAACAAUAUGAUUAGAAAAAAAAAAAAAAGGAAUGAUAGCAAAUAAACAACAAUCGUUUAUAACACUUUGAAAACAUGUUUUUUUCAUUUUUUAUUUCUUUGAAAAGGAUAAGAAAACAGAGAAACAAAGCACCAAGGAAUCUUGGAAUAUUAAUCUUGGUAUAAACUUUGCCAUGCAUCCUUUGUCCUGUUGUAUUCUGAUAUAUCUAUGUUUAUAUAUAUAUAUAUAUAUAUAUACAGACACAGAUAUUCCAGCAAACAGAUAUUCCAGACUCCAAAGGCUGGCCUUUGCCAAAACUCCUUCUCAACCUACUUUCUAAGUUAUUAGUUACCCCUUCUUUUUCUAAUAUAUAUAUUGGCAUAUUGCUCUCUUUUCUCUGGUGUGUGUGUGAGAAGAUAUGUAUCUAAAUAGUAUGGAAAGAAGCCAUGUGUUGCAGCAUGGAAUGGUGAUGGCUGUUCCAGUUCCAGUUCCAGUUCCAGGCAGAAGGAAAGCAGUAUGUCAUGGCAGUAAUUUUGGGAAAUGUAAAGUGAUGAAGAACAAGAAGAGAGUGGUAGUUUCUGCUUUGAUGACACAGAAUCAGAAUAAGAUUAGUGCUAGUGUCACUGGAGUUUCUGAAACACCUAUUUGUGCUGCAAAUAUGGUUGAGUAUGAAGAUAACUGGUUCAACCGUAUUGCCAUACAACACCUUUCACAGAGUGUCCAAGAUACUACUGGAAUGAGAAGUGAAAAAGAAGGGUAUGAAGGAUUGAUAGAAGCUUCAAGCAUGGUUGCUAAGAACUUUGGAUCUAAAGGCCAACAAGAUUUAGUUAUUCAAGCUCUUCACAAGGCCUUUCCUUCUCUGCUUCUCAACAUGAUUAGGGGGAUACUACCACCAUCAAGGUUUUCAAGGGAAUACUAUGCAAGAUUCACCACUGUCUUCUUCUCCUGGCUCAUUGGACACUGUCAGGUCAAAGAAUCAGAAUUUGAAGGAAGGAAAGAACACAAUGUGGUCCACAUCACCAAAUGCCGAUUUUUGGAAGGUACAAAGUGUGUAGGAAUGUGUACAAACCUGUGCAAGAUACCAUCUCAGAAGUUCAUUUAUGAGUCCCUUGGAAUGCCUGUCAACAUGGUUCCAAACUUUGAAGACAUGAGUUGUGAGAUGAUCUUCGGCCAGCAUCCUCCUGUCGAUGAUCCGGCACUGAAGCAGAUUUGCUACAAAGGAAUAUGCAAAGCAAAGCAAAUGCAUGGUGUGAACUGUUCCAGCUAAUGGAGGAUCAAAGAAAGCAUCAUUUCAGAUAUUCAAAUAUUUCCAUUACCAAGAAGACUCACCAGUCACCGAUAGUUUGGGCAGGACACAUUUCAACCACCAAAUGACGAUAUAAUAUAUACACACACAUAUUCAGCAGUCAAAGUACUUGUAAUCAAUACUUCCAAGAAAAAUUGCACAAUAGAAUGUUCGUACUGAUUCUCAGAAGAAGAAUUGAAAAUGACUUCAGGUCAAAUUGAAAUGAGAGGUCCACUAAGAUAUCUUGCAGAUUCUA